AUGCGCAGACAGGAGACGCUCGCAUCCACCGUCGUGGCUGUGGCUCAGUUUUCCUCUUUUCCUCCCAAGAGUCUGGAGUCCAGACAGGUCAGCGGAAGUGACAUCAUGGCAGGGCCGGUUUCUAUGGAAACAGAGACGCUGUCUGCGCUCUUCCUAAAGGGGAGGGAUCUGGGGGUUCGCGAGAAGCUUCCUGUUUGCACCUGGAAACCAGAGGGGCGCACUGUGGCUAUCGUGGAGAUGUGCCUGGGACCGACCUAG